UUUCUAGUUUCUCCAUCACGCACCACCCUCCUUCUCUUCCCUACACAAGAGAAAGGGGAGAAAAAAUAAAAAUAAAAACAAAAACAAAAGGUGGUAGAUGCAUGAGCCACAACAUAACACAACAACAACAACAUAGACAUUAUCUCAUAUUACCACACUCACCACCUUGACUUCCCCAAAUAUUCCUAUAAUUCCCCAAAAUUCAUAUAAUUUCUCAGUUCUCACCACCCCAACUUUGGUUCUCUCUUCUGUGCUGCCACCUUAUCUAACCCUUCUCUGAUUCAGCUACCUUUCCUCCGAAGUUGAAGGAAAUUAAACAUUGUGCUUUGGUAAAGAGACUGGAACUAACAAUGGUAAGCUUAAGAAGGCGCAGGCUUUUGGGACUAUGCUCAGGAAGCAGUUCAUUUGUCACUCCACUCCCUCUGUAUUGCGAGAAUCUAACUGGUUCUGAAAAUUCAAACUGGCAUGCUAAACCUAAGAGUGAACAGCCUGUGCUUUCAGACGAUGCAAGCAUCCUGGACAGUAAUACCAUUGUGCAAGAAGAACCAGGUUCAUCAAAUAUUUCUGGUUCAAGCUCAUCGAAAGAGCAGCUUAUGCAACAAACCCCAGCAGGACCUCCUGUUAAACGUAGGAAGCGACAUAGAAGAAAGAAUUUGCACAAUCAAGAGACAUGCUUAAUGAGAGGUGUCUAUUUCAAAAAUAUGAAAUGGCAAGCAGCAAUAAAAGUGGACAAGAAACAGAUCCACCUAGGGACUGUUGGGUCACAAGAGGAAGCUGCUCAUUUAUAUGACAGGGCUGCUUUCAUGUGUGGGAGGGAGCCCAAUUUUGAGCUUCCCGAAGAAGAGAAGCGGGAAUUGCACAAAUUCAAAUGGGAUGAAUUCUUGGCAGUGACUCGGCAGGCAAUCACACGUAAAAAGCACAAGAGAAGGCUUAGUCCAGGGCCACUUGAUAAUGGCCUUGAACUGCUUCCAUUGCAGAAAGAUGAUUGGGAGAGUAAGCAAGGUGUAAGUGGCUUCUCUGCUUGUGAAACAUCAAUCUCUAGAAAGUCAUAAUUCAGGAACCAGGAGUGAAGGUGGAAAACUCUUCUAGUUCCUACACUCCAACUCUACAUGCUAGAUCCAUUUUUAUUGUAGAAAAAUUCAUCAUUAUAUUAGACAUUGAUGGCAUUGAUUAUCCUUAAAAUAUGCAAAUUGUUACACCACCGUAAUCCAAUAAAGACUCCAAACCAUGUUAGAGGUGUUGAAAUCUCUAUCAGUCAUUCACUAUUUUAUUCUUACGAUCGGUGGAAAUAAAGAUGCUUGUCUUCA